AUGGGCCGUGCGCCGAAGAUACUACGGGUUUCAUUGUUUCUUCUACUCUGUUCGUGCGAAUCAACGCUGUGCAAAGAGAGCAAUGAUCGUUUGCAAGAGUCCGUCGCCAUAGCUACGUCGGAAACGAAAGCGGUGGAAAGCGAAAGUCAGCUCAACAACGAUCUCGUCGCCCUAGAGACGGGCUACGGGGGUUACGGAGGCCACGGAGGUCACGGUGGUUACGGAGGUCACGGCAGCCACCACGGCGGUCACGGAUACGGGCACGACAACCACGGCUACGGCCAUGACAGCCACGGUCACGGCAACAAGCACUACGGGGACCACGACAGCGGUCACUACGGUGGCCACGGCCACCACGGAAACCGCGGCUACGGAGGCUGGGGAGGGAGCCAUCAUGGCGGCCACUCCAACCACGGUGCCCACGGGCAUCACGGCCACAGGCACGGACACUGGAAGCACCACGGUCAGCACUGGAAGGACCGCGGCUAUGGCCACGAACGCAAGUGGGGCUGGGACAGAGGGGGUGGGAGCCACGGAGCAUACGGGGGACAUGGCGAGGGCCACGACCACUGGGGUCACCAUGGCAACAGGGACCACUAUGGGGGACACAAGCACGGCCACCACGGGCACGACUCGUACGGCGACCACGGUCAUUACGGAGGACACAAGCGGGGACACUACGGCGGCUCCAACCACGGGCACGGUCACCACGGCUACGGGCACGGCAACAGAGGGUACGGCCACGGCCACUACGGCGGACACAAGGGACACUACGGACACCAUGGAGGAGGCUACGGGCAUGGUUAG